UAUUAUUUCAAAUAAGAUAUUGGUAUUCUUCUGGAGCGUUGAUUUGUAGUUUUGAGAUUCUUUUUUUGCGUUGUGGAGUAUGGGUGUUGUUGUGGGUCUUUUGAGGACCUAGGACUUUAGCGUAUUGACUCCUCUGGGUUAGGAAUCAGAAUUUGGGUUAGGACCUUCUGGGUUAGGACUCUUCUGGGUUAGGACUCUUCUGGGUUAGGACUCUUCUGGGUUAGGACUCUUCUAGGUUAGGACUCUCCUGGGUCUUAUACUCCUCUAGGUCCUACUCUUCAAGGUUCUAUACUCUUCUAAGUCCUACACUCUCCUAGGUCUUACUCUUCAAGGUCCUAAUUCUUCAAGGUCCUGCACUCUCUAGGUCCUAUCACUUCUAAGUCCUAUAUUCGCCUAGGUCCUAACUCUUCUAAGUCCUAUACUCUCCUGGGUCUGAUACUCUUCUGGGCCCUAUACUCCUCUAGGUCCUACUCUUCAAGGUUCUAUACUCCUCUAAGUCUUACACUCUCCUAGGUCCUACUCUUCAAGGUUCUGCACUCACUUGGUCCUACCCCUUCUGAGUCCUAUACUCACCUAGGUCCUAACUCUCCUGAGUCCCAUACUCUCCUAGGUCCUAUACUCUUCUGAGUCUUAUACCUUUCUGAGUCCCAUACCCUCCUGAGUCCCAUACUCUCCUAGGUCCUAUACUCUUCUGAGUCCUAUACUCUCUGAGUCCCAUACUCUCCUAGGUCCUAUACUCUUCUGAGUCCUAUACUCUCUGAGUCCCAUACUCUCCUAGGUCCUAUACUCUUCUGAGUCCUAUACUCUCUGAGUCCCAUACUCUCCUAGGUCCUAUACUCUUCUGAGUCCUAUCUCUCCUGAGUCCCAUACUCUCCUAGGUCCUAUACUCUUCUGAGUCCCAUACCCUCUUGAGUCCCAUACUCUCCUAGGUCCUAUACUCUUCUGAGUUCCAUACUCUCCUAGGUCCUAUACUCUUCUGAGUCCUAUACCCUUCUGAGUCCCAUACCCUCCUGAGUCCCAUACUCUCCUAGGUCCUAUACUCUUCUGAGUCCUAUACUCUCCUAGGUCCUAUACUCUUCUGAGUCCUAUAUUUCUAAGUCUUCCACUCUUUAACAUCCUAUACUCUUCUGGGUCCUAAACUUUCAUAUUCAGUCCUGUCCCCAAAUUGUGCUUAUGUCAAAUGUCCUCAAAUUGCCCUCAAAUAUGUCCUAUCGUCAUUUGAUAGAUACUUGUCUCCACAUCAUUCUAACGUGUUCCAAAUAAAACAGAAGUAAUGAAAGGUGAAAAUUGUACUUUUUAUAGAAUUUCAUAGCACUCUCGGGCAUCUAAAACCACAAGUUGCGCCGAAAGCGCAGGCUGUAGCGGCUAAGGGUGUCGCUGAAAGGCUUCUGGGCGUCGAACGAGCUCGGUUGUUCGUUAUGGAUGUGGAUCCUGAUUGUGGACCCGUUGGAAAAGACACUUUCUUGAUAGAGAAGACUUCAUCCAACCAGAUCAAGAUCGUCGGCACUUCUGGAGUGGCUGUAUCCUGGGGUUUGCAUUACUACCUGAAACACUAUUGCAACGCCCACAUAUCAUGGGAGGGCAAUCAGCUGCAUCUCCCAAGCACCUUACCUGACGUUCAUGUGAAGGUGACGUCGAACGACAGGUUCAGGUAUUACCAGAACGUGUGUAGCUUCGGCUACACCUCCGUCUGGUGGCAAUGGGACGACUGGGAAAAGAGCAUCGACUGGAUGGCCCUUAAUGGGUACAAUUUGGCUCUCGCUUUCACUGGUCAAGAGGCUAUUUGGGAACGAGUGUACCUCCAAUUGAAUUUCACUCAACUCGAGAUGAGGGAGCACUUCGCGGGACCAGCGUUUUUGCCUUGGUUGAGAAUGGGGAACAUCCGUGCAUUUGGUGGUCCCUUAUACCCCUCCUGGCACGAACAAUCCAUUAAUCUGCAACAUAAGAUACUUGAAAGAAUGAGGAGCCUAGGAAUAAUUCCUGUUCUACCCUCAUUCGCAGGACACGUGCCCAGGGCAUUCCCUAGGCUAUUCCCGAAUGCCAAUGUCACUAAACUUGCACCAUGGAACAACUUCCCGGAUGUGUAUUGUUGUCUCUACCUCCUGGCACCGACCGACCCCCUCUUCCAGCAAAUCGGACAACUGUUUCUGAAGACCUAUAUUGAGGAGUUUGGCACCGACCAUAUUUACAACUGCGAUACGUUCAAUGAGAACGAGCCUCACACCAGCGAACUCAAGUUCCUCAGGAACGUCGGACACUCCACCUUUCAAGCCAUGAACGCUGUCGACCCUGAUGCAAUAUGGUUAAUGCAAGGCUGGCUCUUCACCCACGACAAGCUCUUCUGGACCGAACCCAGAGUCGAAGCUUUCCUAACUUCAGUUCCAAGGGGGAGAAUGAUAGUCCUGGACCUCCAGUCUGAACAGUUCCCACAAUACGGCAGGCUGAAGUCCUAUUUCGGGCAGCCGUUCAUUUGGUGCAUGUUGCACAACUUCGGUGGCACCCUGGGGAUGUUUGGAUCUGCACAAAUCAUCAACCAAAGAGUGUUCGAAGGAAGAAACAUGAAGAACAGCACGAUGGUGGGUACAGGUCUAACCCCCGAAGGAAUAAAUCAGAAUUAUGUAAUUUACGAACUGAUGAACGAGAUGGCCUAUCGUAAAGAACCCGUCAAUUUAAAUAAAUGGUUCGAGAAUUAUGCGAGUAGAAGAUACGGGGUUUGGAACGAGUACGCAGUGUCUGCCUGGCAGAGUUUGGGAAGAACCGUUUACAACUUCUCUGGUACCCGCAAGAUUAGGGGCAAAUACGUGAUCAGUAGACGUCCGAGUUUAAAUCUGUCGACAUGGACGUGGUAUGAUCGCGACACGUUGUACAACACCUGGAGCGUGUUCCUUCAAGCCAGACACGGGAGGAGAAACAGCACCCUGUAUCGUCACGACGUGGUCGAUUUGACCCGACAAGUUCUUCAGGCGAAGGCGGAAGAAAUCUACCCUGUUUUGAUCGAUUCGUUUAAUAAAAAAAAUCUUACUGCCUUCAAAUAUCACUCUGACAAGCUUCUCGACUUAUUCGACGACUUAGAAUUGAUAUUAGCGUCCGGAAAAGACUUCCUACUCGGUAAAUGGUUGGACGCAGCCAAAAAAUUAGCCAGCAACGACGAGGAACUGCGUCUGUACCAAGUGAAUGCUAAAUACCAGAUUUCUCUCUGGGGACCACGAGGAGAAAUAAGAGAUUACGCGAAUAAACAAUGGGCCGGAGUCGUGGCGGAUUAUUUCAAACCCCGUUGGUCCAUUUUCCUGGAGAGCCUCGAAAAUGUUCUGAAAAAUAGGACGAAAUUGGACACCAACAAAAUUAACGAGAGGAUACUUGACGAAGUCGAAUUUCCGUUCACGAUGUCCAUCAAAUCUUACCCAACAGACGAACUCGGGGACAGUGUUGACAUAGCAGUGAAACUUCUGUCAAAAUGGUAUACGUCGAACAAAGGAAAGACGUCAAGAUUGAUUAGAGGAGGUGGAGAUAGAGCAAAAAUAUUUUAAGGAAUAAUUGAACUAGUUUGAUAUGAGUGUGUAAGAAUUCAUCUGUUGAAAUUUAAAAUUUAAUUAAAAUUUGUUGGUAUUCUUAUGUCAUAUAUGGCAAGUAAAUAAAAUCUAUGUAAAUUGCAUAUUUAUGAAAAUUGAUCGGUGGCGCCAUCUUUCUGGCGAACGGGAUGAACUACACACUUUUGGAACAGUAGUUUCGUUAGUUCAGAUAUGGUACAGGUAGAUGGCG